AUACAUGAAGGAACAAAGACGUGUUUAUCCUAUGGAACCCAGGACGAUAAUGCAAACCAGUUUCGCAAAGACAUAUCUGAAUUACUUGCUUCCUGAGCUAGCCAACAUCGGUAAACCGGCAUCAUCGUUGUCGGUCGACCGGUACGUCGAUAAAGAAAUAGAGAAGACAGUGAGGUACGAAGUCGACAUGGCGUUGGCAUUAUCAGCCCAAGGGUUCGCUUGGAGCCAUGCCUUGGAACACAAGCUUCGACUAAACGUUAACAAUAACAACCAGGUAGGCAAAUCCCAAAGUUAUUUAUCUCACGACGGUUAUCGGAAUACAAUGCCGGUAAACCAUGAGCCGGCGACGGAGAAAUUGGAAGGGAAUCCUAAAAGAAGUGGAACGGAAGCCGCCGCCGAGGAGGAGGAGCGGUUGACGUAUCUGAGGAAGCUUAUACCAGGAGGGAGUGGUGAGAUGAUGCUGGAUGAUGAAAUAUUGUUAAGUGAGUUGGGAAGUUAUGUUUCAUGUCUUGAGUUACAGGUGAACGUUCUUAGAUCCGUGCUUCAAUUGAAUUAAUUAAUUAUCUUUUCUUCUUUAGUUUCCUUAAUUUCUCCACUGAGGCAUAUGCAAUCAAUGUGGAUCCCCAAGGCAAACUAUAUAGUAUAAUACUAUAGUU